UUCAGAACGAAGACAUUACGCCUUGGUCAGUGAACCGAUCUAGUACACAAUAAUGUUGAAUAUAUAUCUAAUUUGUUUGUCGUGCUUCUUCGUGUUAAACUUGGAACAUGCACAAUGUGAACCCGACUACUUGUACAAUGCGACCGUAAAUGGUUGGCUCAAAGUGCACACGAUACCCGCCACAUGGGAGGAAGCAUUCCUUCGAUGUCACUAUGAAGGCGCUGUGCUCGCGUCCCCACUGACUAAGGAAAUGGGGAAAGCCCUGUUGGAGCAGACCUUAAGAAAAGACCUGGACCAAACCAUCCACUUGGGGACACACGAUUUGAAUUCUAAAGGAGACUAUUUUUCUGUGGAAGGAGUGCCGCUGGACAGUUUAGUUCUGAGUUGGAGCAAGGUCAAGGGUACGGGCGACUGCCUCGCCAUGACACGUGAUGGUCUCGCAAUUUUGACGAAGUGCACUAAACCUCGGCCCUACAUCUGCUACAAGAAGCUGGACAAUCUGACGAUGAACACCUGCGGAACAUUUGAUGACGCGUAUCAAUUUAACGAGAAGACUGGCAGCUGCUAUAAAACACACCUUCAGAAAAGGACAUGGUCUGACGCGUUCAAGAUGUGUGCUGCUGAGGGAGGUUACUUGCUUAUCCUGAACGACGCCACAGAGGCUGCCAUCGUCAAGGAAAUGUUCCCCAAACGGACAGGAAAAGACAACGAAUAUGAAAGAUUCCACGUGGGCCUGCAGGCUUGGGGACCUGAACGUACUUGGAUCACUAUCCACGGCGAGAAAAUAGAGAACGUGUUCAUGAAUUGGCACACAGGUCAGCCGGACAACUUCCAGGGUGUGCAGAAUAUAGGGGCUUUUAUGAGAAUUGGCACUUUCGACGACCGCGCCAUGAACGCCAUGUCUAUGUUUGUCUGUGAGAAAGACCCCAAUGUGAAACGGUUCGAAGAGGUACGCGAAUAGGUACGCGAAGAGGUAAGCGAAGAGGGAAGCGAAGAAUUCGACCUCCUCAAGGAACUAGAUGUCAAACAGAUGAUUAGUCCCUACGAGGAGUUUUUUAAAGAAAAUGUUUGAUAACUUUUUACAUCGCAGCAGAUAGUGUCAUGUGUAUAAGAAGUUUAUACAUAUACAUAUUUUAAUUACAUACUGCAUAUGUCUUUUUCUACAUCGCACAUAAAAAUAAACAAGACGAGGCAACUGCCAUAUAUUCGUGUCUACGUAGGAACUUUAAAUUACUAAUUUUCAAACAUUUUUUCAUAUAAAAGUUAUUACUACUUGUAUUUUUUGUAAUAUUUGUC